AUGGUCAAGAAGCGUGAGCCCACGUCGCGGGUCACGAGCAGAGUACACAAGACGCCCUCACCAUCACCCAGAGCCGUCGAUGAUUCAGGUAAACAAAAGCCAGACCUGUCCACCACGCCGCCACCGUCUCCUGGGGAGGGAGGCAACGGCGAUGAAGUGUUGACAAGCUCUCAGACAAACGCCACGGAUCUGCGGGAUGAGUUGAUAUGGAGCGAUAGGGAGAGCGAUGAUGAAGUGUUUCUCUUUCCUGACGCCCAGGAGUUGGUUGAACCACAAGGGGGUCCCGACUGUGAUGUUAUUCGCAUCGGCGCAACUCAGAAGUUGGAUGAGUCGGAUAGUAGCGAAGAUGAAGCCACACUCAAUCGUGUAGGCGACAUUCCUCUUGAGUGGUAUAAAGACGAAGCCCACUACGGGUAUGACGUUGAAGGUCGCAAGUUGAUGAAGAGUGAACGGUCGGCGUUGGAACGUUUGUUGGAAGCAACAGAUGACCCGAACGCUAUGCGCACCAUUUACGACGCCCUGCACGAUGAGAAAAAGGUACUGAGCAACGCAGACCUACAAAUGAUAUUUAACCUCCAACGGAAUCGUACGCCCAAUCCGAACUACAACAUGUACGAGGACGUUGCGGUCGACACGGUUGAAUUUGAUCCACUCAACCACCCACUGGCUCGAAGCGCCGGACCGUCGAAGAGGAAGUUCCUUCCGUCCGAUCGUGAUAUGAAAACUAUUGCCAAGAUGGUACGUCGCAUGAUGAAGGAAGACAAAGAGAAGGAGAACAAACCCAAAGAUGAAACAGAAAGUGAAACAACAAUACUUUGGGAUGAUGGGAAAGUGGUUAUGGACACGCACACUCACUUCAAAUAUCAUAACCGCGUUCCGAAACCCAAAGCCGCACCACCUGGUACAUAUGAAAGUUACCGGCCGCCGCCUGAGUACCUCCCAAGUGAGAGGGCGAAGGAACGCUUUGCCCGGCUGCGCGCAAUUGACAAGAAAGAGCACUUCCUUCCGCGCGCCUUUGAUGCCCUACGGCAUGUGCCCUUUUAUAAUCACACUAUACAAGAUCGGUACCAGCGAUGUCUCGAUCUUGCGUUCUUUCCGCGAGCGCAACGUACUCGACUUGUGGUGGAUCCCUCCAAGUUACUGCCUGAGCUUCCAGACCCAAGGGAUCUUCGGCCAUAUCCCGAGAGGUUGUCCUUCCAGUAUAAAGGCCAUACCGCGACGGUGCGCAGCGUUGCAGUCAACCCUAACGGCCAAUAUCUGGCAACUGCCUGCGAUGACCAUUUAGUGCGUGUCUAUGAGGUAAUGACUGGGCGACUGAUGAAGCGAUACGAUAUGGGUGCACCUGUGCAGCAAGUAGAGUUCUGUCCCGUAAAGACACUAAAUAUAUUGGCAGUGGCAGUGGAAUACAGUCUCGUGUUUAUUGUACCGAGGUUUGCUGCACACGAACUGGUAAAUGAGAAUACACUACGACACCUUCGGGCCCCUGGCACCGCGGUUAACAAUACCGAGGUUGAACAAGUUGUUGGUGGUGAAGUGUCUCUUGGGGGUGGUGGCAUCACUCAGGCAGCACUUGACAAGGAUGAGACGGCCCAUUCUAUCCUACAAGACCUGCACGAUGUGGAGGAACGAGACAAACGUGCCGAAUUUUUCGACGCCUCAGCAAAGGAACGCCGCGCUGGCAUUGUUUUGAAGAUUGCCCUGCAUGCGAAGGUGAAGCGCUUUACCUUCCACGCCCGUGGUGACUACCUCUGUGCCCUGUGUCCGAAGGACCACGUCAAGUACCGUCAAACUGUGAUGCUACAAUUAUCUAAACGAAAGGUUUUCUGCCCAUUUCGCAAGUUCUCUGAGGUGGUUACAGACUGCAAGUUCCAUCCACGUGAGCCGCUCUUCUUCCUUUCGACAACAAACUCUGUGCGAAUGUACAAUCUUCUCGCGCACAAAUUGCAACGCAGAUACAAGGCGCCGGGAGGCAUCACUACGUGCCUUUCUAUCCACACUGAAGGUGAUAACUUCUUAGUUGGCGAUACGACGAGCCACACGCAAUGGUAUGAUUGCGACUUCUCGGACAAGCCUUACAAGCGCAUGCGAUCGCACAAGGGCGUCGUCAACGCAGUGGCUUUCCACACGAAUACAAAUGCCUAUCCGUUGUUUGCAUCGGGUGCGGCAGAUGGGCAGGUGCAUGUGUUCCACGGCAUGGUAUACGAUGAUUACAAUAAGAACGCACUUCUGGUUCCGGUAAAGAUUCUGAAGCAUCGCAGGGCUGUCUACUCCGUCGCCUGGCAUCCAACGCUUCCAUGGAUAUUCACCUCAACCGAAGAUGGUGUUGUAUCAGCAUGGACGGAAUAA